ACGGCAUUUGUUUUCACUCUGACAUUAUCAAACUCGUACUAAUUUGCUAUUCACGCCAUUUGAUUUUCCACGUUGGAUGUAACAAAACUAUUCAUACAUAAUGAUGAUAAACAGCUGAUCCUAGUUUAUCGCUUUUGAUACAAUGUAACUCUUCCUCCUGAGUGUUCGAAACAGCGGCUCGCUGGAGCAGACAGCUUCAUACUUCCUGAUUUUGCUCUGCGGAAUCCUUACCGCCUUCGAGAUGCUUGAGACACCUCCUGGAUAUCCCUUCGAAGAGAUAGAAUAUGAGGACAUAGAAGUUGAAGAGGUUGUUGGCAGAGGAACAUUUGGAGUUGUAUUUAAGGCCAAAUGGAAAGGCAAAGAUGUUGCCAUCAAGACCAUAGAGAGCGAAUCUGAGAGGAAAGCUUUUGUAGUAGAGCUCCGCCAGCUUUCUAGAGUAAAUCACCCAAAUAUUGUGAAGCUCUAUGGCUCAUGUGAUAAUCCAGUGUGUCUUGUUAUGGAAUAUGCUGAGGGUGGCUCCUUAUACAAUGUGCUGCAUGGAGCUGAGCCCCUGCCCCAGUACAGUGCAUCCCACACUAUGAGCUGGUGUCUGCAGUGUGCUCAGGGGGUAUCCUAUCUCCACGCCAUGAAACCCAAGGCCCUCAUUCACAGAGACCUCAAACCACCCAAUCUGCUGCUUGUACAGGGUGGCACAGUGUUGAAGAUCUGUGACUUUGGGACAGCCUGUGACAUCCAGACACACAUGACCAACAACAAAGGAAGUGCAGCGUGGAUGGCACCAGAAGUGUUUGAAGGCAGUAACUACAGUGAGAAGUGUGAUGUGUUCAGCUGGGGCAUCAUCCUGUGGGAGGUGAUCACUCGUAGAAAACCCUUUGACGAGAUUGGAGGAUCGGCCUUCUGCAUCAUGUGGGCCGUGCACAGAGGGACUCGGCCCCCCCUGAUAAAGGACCUCCCGGAGCCCAUAGAGAAUCUGAUGACACACUGCUGGGACAAAGACCCUGCCCAGAGGCCCUCCAUGGAGGAGGUCAAGCACACCAUGGCAAGCCUCAUGAAGUACUUCCCAGAGUCUGAUGAGCCUCUCCAGUACCCUCACCAGUGUCCAGGCAACAGUAGGAGUGGCUCCUCCUCAGCCACAAGCACAGGUUCCUAUGCAGACAACACUAUCAACAGCUACAGAACUGAAAGCAACAUGGAACACGGAACAAACUGUCAAGGGAGAGAUGACACCCUGAAAAUCACUGAAGCUAGAUUUCCACUUCAGUUCAAACCAUCAAAGGGGGGUACAUUACGCCCCAGCCUGCCCUUGUCCAGAAGGGCUAGUGUGGAAAGCCUGCCUGAGCGUGAGCGUACCCAGAGUCCUGCCCCCACUGAGUUCAAAGGGCAAUGUGCUGACCAAUCGGGGCUAGAGCUGAGGGUGCCUAUCAGUCCCACAGAUAUGAAUGGCUUGGACAGCUCCAUCCCCAUGGCUUAUCUGACACUGGAUCACCAGCUGCAGCCCCUGGCCCCGUUCUCUAACUCCAAAGAGUCCAUGGCUGUGUUUGAGCAGCACUGCAGAAUGGCCCAGGAGUACCUUAAAGUGCAGACUGAAAUCGCCCUGCUCACCCAAAGAAAGAAGGAGCUGAUCUCUGAGCUGCACCAGGAUGAGAAGGAGCAGCAGAACACGUCCCGUCUGAUUCAGGAGCACACCAAACUGUUUGACGAGAACAAGAGUCUCUCCACCUACUUCCACAUUUGUAAGAACAAGCUGGAGCGGAUCCAGAGUCAGCAACAGAAGAGUUAGAAUGCCUCCUGAUGUGUGGCUGUUGCCCUAGAACUGUCCUCAGAUCAGCAGCAGCUGAAGACACUGUCUGUCAAGUGGCCAUUUUGUGAUGUCUCUUCUGUCGACCCUCAGCUGUUUUGGGAUCGGCUGCAGCCAAAUAUACCUGGCAUAUUUGUGAUGAAUGCUUCAAAUUGCUCAUCAAACUGUUUUCGGAUGAGCAGCUAAAGAGAUUGAAAACUUCCAUGUUGCUCUUAAACUGUUCUUGGAUCAUUGGCCAAAGAGAAAAGCCAUGCUAUUAUGAAUGUUUUGUAGAUCCUCAACUGAUCCACAGUCAGCAGCAGACCGCACACAGCAGGUCUCCCCUCAGGUCCUUGCUCCCCAAUGCGCUGUACAGUUAAGACACUCAAAGUGUCUCAAACCAGAGCUGCGUUCAGUACAACAAUGUUGUGCAAGACAUCUCAACAACAGCUCAGUUCAUUUCAUGUCUCGCAAAGAUGUCAUUCUAUUCUGCCAGAGGAACAGUGGACUCGUUGAACAAGGGAAGCCUGGAGGCCCUGUAACAUCUUCUCCUACUGUAGUUGUUGAUAUCCAAACUAAAAUGAGAUUGAUCUUGGGUCAGUUUUGUAUUCCCCUCCCCAAUGUUUAAAGUUAGGAUUUGAGGAGGACAAGCUGAUCCUAGAUCUGUGCCUAAGUUUAAUUUCUGCCCUUAGUGUGACAUCAAGGAAGUAUCAGAAAGGCUUUUGUAGAGCGUUGUUGGUGUUGUUAAGGUGGAUGACUUGCAGUAACACCUUAGACGACUUGAGGUGUUUCCUGUCUUGUGGCAGAUGACUGUCCCCUCCCCAGGGCUGUUGUAGAGGUGCUAGUAGUGAAAGAAGUGGCUCAUCUUGUUGUCCCUCUCUGGCUCGUACCUCUCUGUGACAGCUAGCUUUGUAUGGAGAUGACAUAUAGAUGACUAAGAUGUGCACAAAAGGCUCUCAUUUCAUAUAUAUUUGCAUCUUUUUAAAUUUCUAUAGCAUUCUUAUAUCUUUAUUCCCUUUUACAUAUGCACUGGCUCAUUGAGAAGUAAUGACAAAAAUUUAAUUGGAUCUUCGUUUUUAUGAAUUUUAUAGAGCCUAUACCUUACCAUGUUCAGUGAAUCAGCAAAGUUUUACAUUAGUUUUGAGAUCUUUCUCAAUCUUUCUGCCUUGGAGGUUUUAGAUAUAUUUUUUUCUCAUUGAGACAUUCUCUAAAUUUAGAAUGCCACAACCACUCAGUAUUAGUGUUUAUAUUUUGUUAAUUUAGUCAAUUAUUUCACUUUCGUAUUCACCCCUAUAGUGUUAAAUGUGUGUAUGCUGGUUGUGGACUAAGAGUUUGGGCUUGUUCUAGCACUUCCACCAAUGUGUUAUACACUUUUGUUUGCUUUAUUUGCCCUCUGUGUGCGUAUGUUCACAAGUUGCCUUAGGCUAUAUCUCACUCUCUGUACUGUAUUUUUUUAAAUAGCGUUUUGACUUUCAAAACCAGAAAGGUACUCUGUUGUCAAUGCACUUUUGAAUGUACAGUGAGCUCCAAAGGUAUUGGGACAUUGACACAUUUGUUGUUGUUUUGGCUCUGUACUCCAGCACUUUGGA